UGUAAAAUUAAUGAUACUCUCUCCAUUACGGUAUUCUCCUGCAAAGGUAACUCCUGUAAACUGAUACUUCUCAGCAGCUUCUCUGAGUUGCUUUUCCUGAAUAUCUCAAGAGAUAAAGGUCAGCAUAUCUAAAGUUGCAUGGAGGAAAGAUUCUGAAAAGCAUUUGAUCAUGUCUGUGUAACAUAGACAUUGUCUUUCCACAUUUUCACUAAUCCCAUAUGUGGUAUAGAAUAUUAUCUCCUUUAGUCGUAUCUUAGGGUUCUGUGGAAGCUUUAGACCCUCAAGGCCAACAUUUCAGUCCAUAAAUUUGAUUACUUCUAAGUUCAAGGAGCUUAUGAUCAUUAAUCUGAAGAAUCUCUGGGGGAUUUCCAAUCCUGUGAACUGCAGUGAGCUCAUCAAGAAAGGAAUAUGUCUUAUUAACGGAUUUAUCAUCUUAAAUAUUUUACAUCUAAAGGGUAAGAACAAGGCUGUACCUAAGAAUCCAUUCGUAGUAAUUCAAAAUUCCGAUGCCGUCUGGCUCGCCUAGCCUUGUGUAGGUCAAGAGCUGGUUAAUUCUUUUCUCAAAUCCAGGAAUACUUUCAAAUAGGCCAUCAAGAGGAGCUAUUACGAGGUAGUCAUUAGAACAAUACUCUGCGUACUUUUGGAAAUAGUCAUCAAACCCUAUUAAGUUCAGGUAUAUCAUCUUUCUAGCCCUCUGCUUUUGCAAAUAAUAUUGGCUAACACUUGAGGAUAGGUGUUCAUAAUUUUUAAUUUCCUUAACCAUAAGAGACAUCUCUUGUGCUCUUUUAUCUACUCUGGUAUUACUCAUAGUC